CUGCUUGUAGCCUAUUUUGUUUUCAAGCGCCAAACGACGCACAUUUGCAUUUUUGCUAAAAUUGAAGUUCAAAACACGAGUAAAUUUGAUGUUUGAAAGUUUUGUUUUGUGCAAUCCCUCUAUGUACAUAUGAGGAAGUAUGAAAAACAUUUCUAUUGGAUACAGAUGCGAUGACGAAACAAAUCGUAACUAGUUCAGAAAGCGGAGCUUGUGCAUCUGCGAACAGUGAGCUUGGAGUAGAAUCUUUUGAACGGCUCUUAAAAGGCUUUCAGUCACAGUUAGCUGGAUUUAGAACCGAAGACACUGUACUUAUUGGGAAUUGUCCUCAGAACGUGACCGACGAAGAAAUAAACAAAUUCUUUUGUGGCUUUGCUACCAUCGUGAAGCUGCAAAGAGUUGUGUUUAAAUCGUUAACAACCAAUGUUUUCAUCGCCAAAUUCGAUUCGACUGAAUCAGCUUCCCGCUCGAAGGUGUUGAACACCCUUGCAUUAAACGGGAAAAAAAUUCUGCUUCUUCAGCCCGAUGAAAAACAUUUUUUCAAUAAAAAGAAUGUUGUGGAGCUUAAUGGCUUGCAAGAACACUCGGAGGAGGUCAUCUACGACCACAUGUCCACCUUUGGCAACGUUAGCUUCGUGCUGAAAACCAGUACCGUCACUUAUAUUGUGUUUGAAGAGCUAUCAGCAGUCGAAUCCAGUUGCCGGUGUGAUUAUCUGGAGCAGUACCCCGUCACGAUUCGGUCGGUGUUGGAUUGUCCUGCCGCAGGAGCUAGUGGACCGAAUUCAUCAAUCGAAACCUGUAUAUUGGAGCAAAUCGAUCAGAAUAGUAGCCUGUUGGCUGACGAAGAAGAAGGUCAGAUCAACAAUUUUAUGCAGCUGCUGGACAUGGAUAACUUGGAUGAGUAUUUAGAGCAGGAUGAGAAGGAGAAGAGCUCAGCUUCAGAUAAACCUCUAUUGGAGGUUGGAAAUGAGGAGAUCAUCGUAACCGAAGAUGAAGCUGCUCAAUCCGAAGGAGAGAAGGAAGCUGACGUGGCUGAGAUUGAGAAACAAGCAUUGCAGCUGGAUCAGUUGCAGCAAAAGAAAACAGCAGGAACUGUUUUGGUGGAUAAUCGGGCGAAGGAAAUACUCAAGCUGAAUGAUAAUUUGUUACGCUUGACUGAUUUACCGCAGCUGAUGGUGGCAGUACAGAGGGUUCCUAACAAGGUAAAAAUAAGACCCAAAAAAGGUUCACUGCCAUCCAAACAUGGGGCGCUAAAGAAAAAGAAGAUUGCGGUGACGGACAGCUCUGUGAGUAAGAAAGUUUCGGAAGCAUCGUCUGACCACGUAAAGAAACAGCAGGAACCAGAUAAUUGUAAAGCAAGGAAAACGGAACCAAGUGUAGAAAAGAAAAAGACGAACAAAGAAACAUGUGGCGGUAAAGAAGUAGCAAAAAGUGGUGUAAAGUCGGACAAGGAGAAAUCGAAGAAGAAACAUACCAAGAAGCAAAAUCCAGUGCCGAUUACAGAACAAACACAAAUGAAAGCUGCAGAAUCUACUAUCAGCGAAAAUAAAAUUGAAACAAAAAGGGAAGCAUGUGAAACAAAGUCAAGUGAUAAGAAGAAAGAUGGCGAAAAUGAAGCAAACGCAAAUAUUGCAGAACAUAAGCAUAAUCAGGGCAAAACGCAAAAGGAAAGAAAAAUAUCGCAGGAAAAUGAAAAAGUUAAAGCAAAUGAUAGUAAAACAGAAAUAUCCGAAAGUACUACCGAAAAUACUAUAGCUAACAAAGAAGAGAAGGAGACCAACAUUCAACAGAAAUCUGAACUUCUGCAAAGCAAAAAGUCAGUUUUCGUACAGCUAACGAAGCUAACUUUGAAACAGAUUCAGGAAUUAUCUCAAAUCCGGAGGAAAACAGUAACUAGUCAUAGUGUCGUCGAUAGCGAUAUUCCCAAUAAAGUGAAGGAAUAUGGCGAGAAGAGUGUCGUUAAUAAAAGGAAACCGGGACCUGCCAAAGGAGCAAUGAAGGAAAAGCAAGUAUCAAUGGAAAAACAGGCUGUGAAGGAAAAAACGAACCAGGCAGAAAAACGUCGCUUAUCGGAUGGUGAAAUGGAACCAUCAGCCUCCUUGGUCGCGAAGGAUGAUUCUAAACCAACAGCAGCAACACCAACGGAGAAGCCCACUGAGACGGAGUCUACUCAUAAGAAGAAAAAACCGAAGCUUGAAAAAGCCUCAGAAAAAGUUAAAUUGGUGCAUCCGGAAGCAGAAAAACCUGCGCAGAAAGAGCAGACUAUAUCCUCUACAGACGAAAAAUCAACGCCUUCCGAGGGAUCGAAAGCUCAGAAUGAUUCCGAACAAAAAACGAGUGAAAUCCAGCAAUCUAAGGUCGAAGAACCGAAUGCUAAACCGCAAAAAGCUAUUGAUGAACCUGCUGUUCUACCGGAAGCCACUUCCGAGGUAGCUCAACUUGAGUUACUGGACAAAAUUAGUUACUCUGUUCCUGACGUAUCCAAUACCGUGGAAAUUGGUCAAAUCGAAUCUGCUGCUGAUUUGGAGUCAAGCGAAGACCGACCUUUAGUAAUGGACAUUUCAUUCGAUAUGACGGAUGAAAUCAUUGACAAGCAGUCGCUGGAGGAGGGAAAUCUCGAUCGGAAAGUAGUUUUACUGGACUCGAAAAGCGCGGCUCUGCUGAAAGGAAAAACUCACGAUGAUCAUCUUCUAUUCCUCGAUGUGUUGCCCCGUAUAGUUGUAAAAGUCAGACGCGUUACUGCGUCGGACUACAACAUAACAAGGUCCAAAGAACGCCCUAAAUCAUCAAGCGGACAUCACGAAAAGCCUCCACCGAAAAAGGUUUCCUUCGACCCAUCAGCGAUCAAAAGAAAAGAAGACAAACAGGAAAAGCCACGUAAAACCAACCUGGACAGAAUUGACAGCAAAUUCCUUCCAGCUGGUUCUAAGUUGAAGUCGAAAAUAAAGUCCAAAACGGAAAUAAACCACAAAAAGCAUCUUCCGGUACCGGAACUACCGAUUGAGUUAAAGACGCACCUGAACACGAGCUUCAAAAUUCCGAAGAAGAACUCCAACGUGAAAACUCAAUCUAUCGAUCGAAACGCGAGCGAGUUGAAUUGUCUUCACAAGGAACAAGAUGAGCGAGACAAACAACGGAAACGUUUCCAGAAGGAACGCAGACCUCGAGACGGCCCAGGUAAUCGAGACAGGAAACAAAAUCGAUCAGAAUCCUCUAAUGUGCGCCAAGAGCGGGAACCAUCUCCUGCUCCUGACUUUUUCGAUCCAUCGUUUGAUGACCAUUCGCCGUCGCCCCAACGAAUACCGCCGACUCCACCACCGGCCACAGAAACUCCCACUACUGCACCAUCGCAACCGGUGCAAAGGGAUGGAAAUAAGCGACCUGCAGUUAAAAAUCAAGGAAGCAAUAAGCCUAGUUUUCAGGAGAUUUGGAAUAUUCCAGAGAAAAAGCCGGAAGUCUGGGCGAAACCACCUUGGGGAUCAUCUGCUGUUGGACUAACUACGAUUGAUUCUGGAGAUACUUGGGAUUCUGCACCAGUGCAACCCCAUAGGGACCGAAAUAUAAAUACCAGACCCAACGUCCCUAGGGAUACCAGGGACAGCCGACCGCCAGUUGCGCGUGCUCCUCAAUCAAGAAAUACUAUCGACUCGGGAGGAUCGUGGUCUCCUGAUGGUGCUGCUCUCCAAAAUAAAAGUGAACAACAGCAACCGUCGCGAACGAUCGAUGAUGGUGAAACUUGGUCCCCAGGUACUAAUAAAUGUGUACAGCAACCUCAACGUGAUUUGAGACAAGAUAGCCACCUUCCACAGCAGUUUAGUGCCAGAAGAAGUAGAUCGCCGCAUCAAGUUCAACUCAGCAAUACAAUUUCGGGUGGUGAUAUGUGGGACCUUGAUAAUCCGGCAAGCACCCGGAAACUCUCCUCGCCCAAACGUAAUGUCCAUCAGAACCCUUUAUUGUCCGGUGAAACCUGGGACGAUGACAGUGAUAUGUUUAAUGAACCAACUGGAGUAGCAUCAUCAGAUCAAUUUGAUCGAAGGCCAUCGAAUGAACAGCGACCGCUAAAUACGAUCUCAUCGAUGCGGAAGCCUCCAGAGCGGAACAGACGUAGUCGAUCCCCCUUCCGUCAGAGACGAAGCCAAUCAAGGUCCCCCGAUCGAAGACAAAGAAGCACGGAUCGUUCACCUAUUAGACGCAAUAACAGUGCGGACCAAUCAUCUAAUCGAAGGAUCGUCGGACAAAUUCGGAGUCGUGAUCAAAGGAGUCAGUCACCGGUGGCAAGACAGCUAAGUGUGGAUCAGCAUGCUAACCGACCACCCGAUCGAAGAAACCACGAGAGUGAUCAGUCACCUUUUGGUAAGCGGCGACGUAGUCGAAGCAGAUCACCCGUCCGCCUGCAGGGUAGCUUCAACAAACCACCAUUAGGUCGAAUGCCUUUCAGGCCCGGGAGAAGUUGUUCUCCUCGUCCAGAUCUUACAUUGUCAUCGACUGAUAUGUGGGAUGCCGGAACAUCUUCGCGCACGCAAUUGCCACCCAAACAAAAUAUUGCAGAAAAUUUGUUACUGGCCGGAGGAACAUGGGAUGAUGAAAUCGUACCACUUAGAGGUUUGGCAGGUCGCUCGCCGCCUCGGCUACGGGAAUCUCUACAAGAUCGUCGCCAACGAUAUGCUCUAGAUCGAUUAUCUCCAAACGGUAGAAGGCGUAGCAUCAGCCGCGAUCGUUUGCUUCCUGAACGAACAAAUGAGAGCUUCGACCGGUCUCCACUGCGUGAAGGUGGCAAUAGAAAGUGGAGCCGAGAUCGAUCCCCUAAUCGUCGGAAACGAAGUCACUCAAGAUCUCCAGAUGGAUGGCGUCAAAGCAUGGAACGCUCACCUGUCAGGAGAAGGCAUAGCGUUGGUAACCGCAGUCCAAAUUAUCAGAGAAUGUUAGAUUACUGGAAAGCUGUAGAGGACAGAGAAGGGGAAAUGGAAAUGUCAUCUGACAGACCAAACGUGGAAAGGUUUAACGAAUUUGGGCAUUCUGAACGAUGGGUGUCUCAUGAUAUUCUUGAUCCAGGAGAUAGAUCUUGGUCACCGCCAGCAAGUGAUAGAGGCUUGGCGAAAAGGAACAUUACUGGACGAAUUGAUAGCGAUAUACCUUGGGCAAAUGAACCAGAACCUCGUCAUCGAGCAAUGGAUGACUCACAGUACAGUCCAUCAAGGGCUUUUGAUGCUAUAAGCUCCGAAGAUGAAUGUGAUUUCACUAAUCCGAGACGUGCGGCUAACAAGACUACUCGAAAAUCAACAUUACAGGCGCGUGAAUCGUUUGAAACUAUUCCUUUGACACUUCCCUCGCGGUCUCAGCAACCAAUCAUCCAACUGGACGAGUUGCCUUUUGCAACAACUUCACCAAUAGUUGAUCAUGAAGCUUCUCGUGAUUCACUUGAUUCGGUUCCGCCAUUCAAAGGAAAUGAAGAUGCGCUCGAAAAGCCAGACGAGGUUUCUCCCACUAAGAAACACCCGGUGGGUCAAACGCCAUCUCCUCAACCACAAGCGGGUGCAGAUGAGAAGAAGAGUGUUUUGGAACAUUUGAAACAGCGAGCUGAAAGGUUGAAAAAGCUUGAAGAAAUGAAACUUGCAAGGCAGAAACUAUUAGUGCAGAUCAAACAAAAACAUCUUGCUAGCAAUCCGCAGUCAUCAGAGGUCGAUAUGAGCAAACUCAACAUGCCAAUGCAUGUCCAACCAUCGGAAAUGUUCGAUGAUGAUAUACAGCAUCAUCCAGACCCAGUUCCAUGCACCUCAAAUAGACAAGUUCUGGUAGCAGCUGUGACUGUCCCUACCGCUAAUGCCCUGCUGAGCAAUGUCGAUUCUUUGCAUAAUAAACCACUCCUUCCUGCAACAGGAAUACCAGUACCUUUUCCGCAGAUACCGACGCUACCUAUCGGCCCGCCGCUGUCAUUCAGCAUUGCACCUCCAGUUCCACCCCUACCUUCGGAAGCACCACCUCCGCCUCCCCCAGAUGAACCUCAACCACAGGAGCCAGCUGAUUUUAUUAAUACAAUGAUUCCACCACCCUCGAGUGCGUGGAAUCCACACCCUCCUCCCUUCACCCCCAUGGCUCACUUCGAUGUGAGUCAACCGCCACCAAACCUUGCUAAUCCGCUGUUGAACACAAUGCCGUCACCACAAUACGAACCAGAUGAAGAAGAGCCUUUCGAUGACCGUUCAAACUCGUUUGCAGAUAACAAUACCUUAAAUCCACAAUUUCAACCGUCCAACUUUUUUGAUAAAUUCCGAAGAUCCCAGCCAAACCGUGGACAGAAUUUUAACAUGUCACCGGAAGACAAUUCAUUUCGGCGUAUGCCGUCGGAAGAGAACGAUUUCAUCAAUAUGGGAAUGCGAGAUUUCAACGAACCGGAUAAUCAACAGCAAAAUCGCGAUCCACGUCAGCAACAGCAGCAGCACCGCUUUGGAGGCAAUAGGCAAUUUAUGCGACAACAGCAGCAACAAAAACAACAGCGUGAUCCUCGUCAAAACCACGACGGGAAUGUUUACGGCGGAGCUCAAUCUAAUCGCAACAAUAACAGCAACAAUCCUGGAAACAACUUCAACAGCAACAAUCCGGGAAAUAACUUCAACAACAACAAUCCUGGCAACAAUUUCAACAACAAUCCGGGUAGAAACUUCAACAACAACAAUCCUGGCAACAAUUUUAGCAACAAUCCAGGAAACAACUUCAACAACAACAAUCCGGGUAAAACCUUCAACAACAACAAUCCUGGCAACAAUUUUAGCAACAAUCCUGGAAACAACUUCAACAACAACAAUCCUGGCAACAAUUUUAGCAACAGUCCAGGAAACAACUUCAACAACAACAAUCCUGGCAACAAUUUUAACAACAAUCCGGGAAACAACUUCAACAACAACAAUCCUGGCAACAAUUUUAACAACAAUCCGGGAAACAACUUCAACAACAACAAUCCGGGAAAUAACUUCAAUAGUGGCCGUGGCAGUGGUGGUCGAGGUCGUUUUAACAAUAACCAACAACAGCAACGGUUCAAUUUGCAACAGCAAAACCGUAAUCCACGGUUCAACAACAAUAGAAAUAAUCAACAGCAGCAGCGAUUCCUUAUGCAGCAGCAGGAAAUGUUCGACGAAAGCUGCUUCGAUAUGAAUGAAGUAGAUAGCAACGAUGGAGGAGAUGCCAAUAAUUGGGAUGAUCUUAUGUAGUAAAUUACAGAUAUUGGCAGCAUGAGAUCCUUAUAUAUUAUAUUCAAAGGCACAUGGCACAUGUCUUGUGAAUGUUACAACUCAAUUUAGCUUCAGUGUUUUAGUCGUGUAUUUU